AUGAGAGUCAGUAUUUUAAAAUAUGUUCUUUUUUCAAUUGUUAUUUGUUCUUUUGAAUAUGCCAAAAAUGAACUAUACUUUGUAAACGAUAGAGGGAUAUACCUUGAAAGGAAUGUAAUAAACUUUAGAAAUAAUAGGAUAUUAGCAUAUGCAGAUAACGAAUUUGAUUUAAAUGGAUUUUAUGAAUCAACUUUGAGUCUUGCAAGUCAACUUGGUGAUUGUGUUGAAGGUAACAAAGAAAUAGCACACCUUCGAAAUAUUAUAGAUUCACAUAUAAAGAAGCAUAAAGAAAGUAAUACAUCACUUGAUUUAAAAAAUGUAGAUAGUAAGGCAAACAAAAUAAUUAAUGAGCUUCGAAAAGAAUUAGAAGAAGUAAAAAAAGAUAUUUCUGAUAAAAUGAAUGGUGAAUUAGCAAUACAGCCUAUACAUGAUAAAAUAAUAAUAAAAAAAUAUGAAAAUGGUUCUGUAUCAGAACAUGAAGACUUUAAACAAUUGAAAAAUAAUGAAAAUAAUGAAAUUACAUCAAGUAAUCGUCAUAUGAAAUCAAAAUUGACUAAAAAAUAUAGAAAGGAAGCAAUCAAAUACAUCCUGUCGUGGUUGACACUUGUAGCAGUUGCUGUUUCGGUACCAAUAACAGGGUUGUUUAGCUUAAUGAUACUACUCAUACCGUCUGGAUUUUCCAUAUUUUUUUUCCAUUGGAGAGUUUAUAAAUAUUCCUUUAAAUUAAGAAAAAUAUUAAAAUAA